CCAGCGGACGUGUACGUCUCUUCUCAUUCGGCGAUCAACUGCUGGCCACUGCAGAGAUCCAUCCCACCCCCCCACCUCGAUCCCCCCCUUUCUUUUUCAAGCCGUAUACUAUAGGACCUGGACGGAAACACUAUCAAGUUCAAUCGAAAUCUAAUAGUUUAAACUCUGCCGAAAUCGACUUUUGAUUUGACGUAGGGGGGGAAUUAUUCUCGGCAUUUGUUCGUUGUUCGGGAAAAAAAUAGAGAAAAUAAGUGAUCGUGCUGUUGUAUAUUGUUGCUGUUGUUUCUCGUGCUAUAAGUGUCAGUGUUUGGUUCAUCCGCACCGGAAAAGAAAAAAGAAAAGAAAAGGAAAGAAGAAUAAAUCUUUCGUCGUUUUUAUAUUAUUAUUAUUAUUAUUUUGGGGUUGGUGUCCAAAGUGUCGUCUGCGUGGUGGUGGUGGUGGUUUGUUUCAAGGUGUUCGCCAAAAUAACAGGGAAAUAUACUGAUGGUCCAAGUUGAUCAAUCAGCCCUGCCGAGAGAGAAUAUUCUAACCAACACCAGCCGCCCAGGAUUGAUCGGCCCAGGAGCUUAGCCCAUCACAACUCUUCGCUCAAUGGACAUUAUUGAGAAUGGACGGGACGGCGUGGCUGUUGCUGCUGGCCCUGGUGCUGGCCCCGAUGGUGAACGCUUGCGACCGGGCCGCCUCGUCCUCAGCCUCGUCCGCUUAUUCCGUCUCGGCGCUGCUGCCGGCUCCUGUUGAUGACGACUGGCAUCAGAGCUUAUUGAGGUUAUUUGGCGCUCCAUCAGCAUCGUCGUCAUCAGUUCCAGUGACUCCACUGCUGCGUCCAGCCUCAGCAUCAUCGGCCAUCCAUCCCGUCAUCUACUAGUCCGACCCACACACUCGCUUCUUCUUCUUUCUGCUUCCUUCUAUAGUCGAUGUGCUGCUGCUGCUUAUAAUUUCGCGGCUCAAAUUCUAUUGCGACUCGACAAAAAAUUCACCCCAGUGAUGUACGCGGAUCAGUGUCGGGUGCGGCGGAUCAACUGAGAAAUUUAACGCUGCCGGCUCCGUGCAAAUCAGUGCCAGCUCCGCUGGGAAAUAUUCAUGCCAGAAAGAAAGAAAAAUAAAUAGUUGUUUUCUUCUUAUUCUUCUGGCCAAGUGAAUCUUAAACUGAAAAGAAGAAGAAACUUGUCGCAAAAAUCCAAGUGAAAUCCUCUUGAGGGGGAGAGACUACACACACACACACCCAACGAUCCGUUUGCUGCUGCUGCUGCUGCGCUGUGCUUCCACGCACUUAAAGUGGCACCAGCCAACGGGCCAAGGAGCCGCCCAGCUCCUGUCAAAACAGGCGCAGAGCAGAAGAGGACGCCGACGAGCGGAUAAGUCUGAAAUUGACGCAAGUCCAAUUGUCCGGUGCUUGUGCUGGUUGUGAGCGGCUGUGCUGUGCUGUGCUGUGCCGGUGGUCAUCAUGGUCGAAGAUCACGAAAAUGAGAGCAAUGAAGACGAAGAGGAGCGCCCCGUUUUCUGUCCCUACACCCGCGAGUCUCUGCUCCAAUCGGAGGCCAGGAUCGCUGAAGAGGAGGCAAAGAGAAACGAGCGCAAAAAGAAAGCAGAGGAGAGCGAGGUCAGAUUGGGCCUGAAGCCCCGUAAAAGGACUAAGGAAAUGCGCUAUGACGAAGACGACGAGGACGAAGGACCUAAAGCCGACCCGACGCUGGAGCAAGGCAUGCCGUUGCCCAUCCGGUUGAACGCCGUCUACUCGCCAGAACUGACGGCCGUCCCCAUCGAAGACAUCGAUCCUUACUACAAAAAUCAAAGGACGUUCGUGGUGAUCAGCAAAGGCAAAGAUAUUUUCCGGUUCAGCGCGACGGACGCCAUGUGGCUCCUGUCGCCGUUCAAUCCCAUCCGGCGGGUGGCCAUCUACGUCCUCGUUCAUCCGCUCUUCUCCUUCUUCAUCAUUCUGACCAUCCUCACCAAUUGCAUCCUCAUGAUCAUGCCGCCCAACGCCUUCAUCGAAUCCACUGAGGUGAUCUUCACAUCGAUCUACACGUUCGAGUCCGCGGUCAAAGUAAUGGCCCGCGGCUUUAUCUUGAAACCCUUCACAUAUCUUAGAGAUGCAUGGAAUUGGCUCGACUUCAUUGUCAUUGCCUUAGCGUACGUGACGAUGGGAAUCGAUCUGGGAAACCUGGCGGCAUUGCGGACGUUCCGAGUCUUGCGAGCGCUCAAAACCGUCGCCAUUAUCCCAGGAUUGAAGACCAUCGUGGGAGCUGUGAUCGAGUCGGUGAAGAAUCUGCGCGACGUCAUCAUCUUGACGCUGUUCUCGCUGUCCGUCUUCGCCCUGCUGGGCCUGCAGAUCUACAUGGGCGUCCUGACGCAAAAGUGCAUCCACUCCUUCCCCAGCGAUGGAUCAUUCGGCAAUUUGACCGACGACAAUUACGAGGCCUUUGUUUCAAACUCUUCCAAUUGGUAUAAGGACGACACUGACAACUAUCCUCUUUGCGGCAAUUCCUCCGGCGCUGGGCCGUGCCCGGAGAACUAUACGUGUCUGCAAGGUUAUGGGGACAAUCCCAACUACGGCUACACGUCAUUCGACAGCUUCGGCUGGGCGUUGCUCUCCUCGUUCCGGCUGAUGAUGCAAGACGCCUGGGAGAACUUGUACCAGAUGGUGCUGAGAACGGCCGGCCCAUGGCACAUGCUCUUCUUCAUCGUCAUCAUCUUCCUCGGCUCCUUCUACUUACUCAAUCUCAUCUUGGCCAUCGUCGCCAUGUCCUACGACGAGUUGCAGAAAAAGGCCGAAGAGGAGGAGGAGGCCGCCCUCUUGGAGGAGGAGGCCAUCAGGGUAGCGGAAGCGGCUGCGGCGACGAGAGAAGAGGAGCGCGAAGCCCGGAUGAACAAAUCGCCGUCGGAUUUCUCCUGUCAAAGUUACGAGAUGUUCGUCGGCGGCCAGGGAGCUCCGCCGGAAGGCAGAAGUUCGCUGGCCGGCGGGGGCGGUCCAGGCGGAGGCAACGGUCACGACGGCGACUACAGCAUCCGCGAAAAAAUGAGCAUCAAAUCCGACGACGUCGAUUCCCUCCUGGGCGGCGGCAACGUCAGCGAUUCGCGGAUGAAAAUCAACGGCCGCGUCCGCAAAGCCAGCCUGAGUCUACCUGGAUCGCCGUUUGCAAUGCGCCGGGCGUCCAGGGGUAGCCACCAGUUCACGUGGCGGAACGGGCCCCGGCGGAUGGGCGGCGCCAACAACAACAGCAGCAGCGCCGACCGUAAGCCGCUGGUUCUUUCCACUUACCUGGACGCCCAGGAGCAUUUGCCGUACGCCGAUGACUCGGCCGCCGUGACGCCCAUGUCUGAGGACAACGGCGCCAUUGUUGUUCCCCCCUACGCCCUCAACAACCUCGGUUCUAGACAGGCGUCGUACACGUCGCACAUGUCUCGGAUGUCGUACAAUUCUCACGGGGAUCUGCUCAACGGGAAGCCGCCGGCCAUGAGCGGCGGCGGCAAGGACUAUCGAUCCGCUGCCAACAGGGUGGCAGCGGCCAACGCCUCCAGUGCCAGCCGACCGACGCUCGUGCCCGAUCUGGUCGUCGAGCACAGCCGACAUUAUCAUCAUCAUCAUCACAAUCAAAAUCAUGAUUACGAUCACAACGCCAUGGACAAUCCGUUUAUCGAGCAGAGCCAGAAACACGCCAUUGCCGAUCUCAAAGCUGAUGAUGAUUUAGACGCCAUUGCCAUGCACGACAUGGGACCCGAGCGGAUGGUACAGCACCACCACCACGGAGAGCAUCGAGAGCAUCGUCUCCAUUCACACGCGGUGAAUGAAGAGGACGAAGGUCCCAAGAUCAAGGAGCGACUGCUGGCCCUUUCACUCAAAUAUCUGGACGUUUGCUGUGUGUGGGACUGCUCGCCUUACUGGGUCACUUUCCAGAGGCUCAUCAGCCUUUUCGUCUACGACGCAUUCAUUGAACUCUUCAUCACGCUGUGCAUCGUCGUCAACACGCUCUUCAUGGCACUCGAUCACCACGGCAUGAACGAGGAGAUGAGCCGAGCCCUCAAAAUGGGAAACUACUUCUUCACGGCCACUUUCGCUAUUGAGGCCACCUUCAAACUGAUCGCCAUCAGCCCGAAAUUCUAUUUCAGAGAGGGUUGGAACAUCUUCGAUUUCAUCAUCGUCUUUCUGUCGCUCCUCGAGCUCGGCCUGGAAGGUGUUUCAGGCUUGUCCGUCCUGCGCUCAUUCCGAUUGUUGCGAGUGUUCAAAUUAGCGAAAUCGUGGCCGACGCUCAACUUGCUCAUCUCCAUUAUGGGAAAAACGGUGGGCGCCCUGGGUAACUUGACGUUCGUCUUGUGCAUCAUCAUCUUCAUCUUCGCCGUCAUGGGCAUGCAGCUCUUCGGCAAAAACUAUAUCGACAAUGUGGAUCGGUUCCCGAACAAGGAGCUGCCACGUUGGCAUUUCCUGGAUUUCAUGCACUCGUUCAUGAUCGUGUUCCGAGUCCUCUGCGGCGAAUGGGUCGAAUCCAUGUGGGAUUGUAUGCUGGUCGGCGAUUCCACCUGCAUCCCGUUCUUCCUGGCCACGGUCGUCAUCGGCAACCUUGUGGUGUUGAACCUCUUUUUAGCCUUGUUGCUCAGCAGCUUUGGCGCAUCCAACCUAUCGGCUCCACAGGUGGACAACGACACCAACAAGUUGACGGAGGCCUUCAAUCGGAUCUCGCGAUUCAAGCGCUGGGUCCGCCGUUCCGUUUCCAACGGAUUCCGCAUGAUACGCUCGAAAUUGACCAACCAGAUCUCCGACCAGAGAGCGCCAGCGUUCCGGGAUAUAACGUACAUGAAACUCAGGCCAUUCUACAAGUACAUGAACCGCGAGACGGAUGUCGAGAUGAACAAUACUGGGGCGGCCAAGAUGGCCAACAAUAGCGGCAACGCCGAUGGCACAGCGCCGACGCCCGUUGAACUGCAGGGUUACGACGCCGUAGACAGCGUCAUGCGCGAUGAAUCGAUGAGCAAAUUGAAGAACAAGAAAGGAGCCAACAACACUUCGGCCGUCUGUCCCAACAGUACUAAAAAACGGCCGGACGAGCUGGUCCUCGACAUUGACUGCCGUAAAAAUCCCAAAGACGACGACACCAUCAGUUACCAAUCGUACGGAAGUCAUUGCCACCGGAUAACGAGGGAUGAGAGUCAUAAAGGUAGCUUACGGGUCGACUAUUACGACGAGAAGCGCAAUGCCAGCAAAGAAGAUUUGGACGGCUUUCCAGAUGACGUCGAAAGCUUCAAAGGCGACGGCGAGGAAGACGAUGAACAAGAAGCUCGACCGGCCGAAGUCGAGGGCGAAGAUGACGGACUAGCGGCGGAGGCGGCGGAGGCGGCGGCUAAAAUUGCGCAUCGCGUGGACAGCGAUGAAGAUCCUCAAUACCCGGACGCUUGUUUUCCCGACCACUGGUACGAGAAGAUUCCAAUUAUCAAAGGCAACGACGAUUCGCCGUUCUGGCAGGGCUGGGCCAUGCUGAGACUCAAGACUUUUCGGCUCAUCGAAAACAAGUACUUUGAGACGGCCGUUAUCAUCAUGAUCCUCCUCUCCAGUUUGGCUCUCGCCCUGGAGGACAUCUACUUAUCGGAGAGGCCCGUUCUUCAAGAUAUCUUGUACUACAUGGACCGAAUCUUUACCGUCAUAUUUUUCAUUGAGAUGCUCAUCAAGUGGCUGGCGCUCGGCUUCAAGAACUACUUCACCAACGCCUGGUGUUGGCUGGAUUUCAUCAUCGUCAUGCUCUCGCUGGUCAACUUGGCGGCUACUCUGGCCGGGAUGGCCGAUAUCCCGGCUUUCCGCUCGAUGCGCACACUGCGGGCACUCAGACCGUUGCGUGCCGUUUCGCGCUGGGAGGGCAUGCGUGUGGUGGUCAACGCACUCAUCCAGGCCAUUCCCAGCAUUUUCAACGUGCUGUUGGUCUGUCUCAUUCUAUGGCUCAUCUUUGCCAUCAUGGGAGUUCAAAUGUUCGCCGGUAAAUACUACAAGUGUGUCGACGCCGAAGGUGAAAUCGUCUCCGUUGAAUUCGUCAAGAAUAAGACCCAGUGCAUUGAGAAGGCCAGCAGCAACUACACCUGGCAAAACUCACCCAUGAACUUUGACCACGUAGGCAAGGCCUACCUGUCGCUCUUUCAAGUCGCCACUUUCAAAGGUUGGAUGCAGAUCAUGAGGGAUGCCACCGACUCCAGAGAUGUGGACGAGCAGCCGAAGAGAGAAGUCAAUAUCUACAUGUACCUCUACUUUGUCUUCUUUAUUAUCUUCGGCUCCUUCUUCACGCUCAAUCUCUUUAUUGGAGUCAUCAUUGACAAUUUCAACGAGCAAAAGAAGAAAGCCGGUGGCUCGCUCGAAAUGUUCAUGACAGAAGACCAGAAGAAAUACUACAGCGCCAUGAAGAAGAUGGGCUCCAAGAAACCGCUGAAAGCUAUUCCCAGACCUCAAUGGCGGCCACAAGCGAUCGUGUUUCAAAUCGUCACCAAUAAAAAGUUUGACAUGAUUAUCAUGUUGUUCAUCGGAUUGAACAUGUUAACCAUGACGCUGGACCAGUACAAGCCGCACCAGAUCUUGUCCAACAUUCUCGAUUACCUCAACAUGUUUUUCAUCGUCAUCUUCACAGCCGAGUGCAGUCUCAAAGUGUUUGCGCUCCGCCAUUAUUACUUUAAAGAGCCUUGGAAUCUCUUUGAUUUCGUCGUCGUGAUUCUCUCCAUUUUGGGUAUGGUGUUGAGCGAUUUGAUUGAAAAGUAUUUUGUGUCGCCGACAUUGUUGCGAGUGGUGCGAGUGGCCAAAGUGGGCCGAGUUUUGCGUCUAGUCAAAGGCGCCAAGGGCAUCCGGACGUUGCUCUUCGCUCUGGCCAUGUCACUGCCGGCCUUGUUCAACAUCUGCCUGCUACUCUUCUUGGUCAUGUUCAUCUACGCCAUCUUCGGCAUGUCGUUCUUCAUGAAUGUGAAACACAAAUCGGGAAUCGACGAAGUCUACAACUUUGAAACCUUCGGCAAAUCGAUGAUUCUCCUCUUCCAAAUGUCGACGUCGGCCGGCUGGGACACGGUCCUCGAAGGCAUCAUCAACGAGGUCGAAUGCAACUUACCCAAUCCGGAAACGGGCGAUCCGGGCAAUUGCGGCCAGACCACCAUGGGCAUCGCCUUCCUGCUUUCCUACCUGGUCAUUUCCUUCUUGAUCGUCAUCAACAUGUACAUUGCCGUCAUUUUGGAGAAUUACUCGCAAGCGACGGAGGACGUACAGGAAGGUUUGACAGACGACGACUACGACAUGUACUACGAGAUUUGGCAGCAGUUCGAUCCGGAAGGGACCCAGUACAUCCGCUACGACCAGCUCCCCGAUUUCCUGGACGUGCUGGAGCCGCCGCUGCAAAUCCACAAGCCCAACAAGUACAAAAUCGUCUCGAUGGACAUCCCCAUCUGUCGCGGCGAUCUCAUGUACUGCGUCGACAUCCUGGACGCUUUGACGCGUGACUUCUUCGCUCGCAAGGGCAACCCCAUCGAAGAGCCGGUGGAAAUCGACGAAGCGGCUCAGGCCAUCGAGCGGCCGGGAUACGAUCCCGUUUCGUCGACGCUGUGGCGACAGCGUGAAGAAUACUGUGCCCGGUUGAUCCAGAACGCCUGGCGACGCCAUCGUGAGAAACCGCGGGGCUCCACGGACGGAGAAGGUUGCAGCGGCGCCGGGAGCGACACCGGUGGUGGCGGAGGAGGAGCUGAGCACGUCUCCCUUGCGCCUUCACCUUCGUGCAUCUCGGGCGUUGCCGGAGCAACCGGCGACUCCCAACACCAACAGACGGCCAUCUUGAUCGACAGUGAUGGCUACGCCACGAAAAACGGACACAAAGUCGUGAUUCAUUCACGGUCGUCGUCCAGUAUCAGUUCGCGGUCGACCGACGUAUGACCGCGACCAGCCUCGCCCUCCAUCAUCAGCUCAUCUUCUUUUUAAAACUAUAUUUCAUAUAUUUAUAUGGGAUUAUCAUAACACACAGAGCACACUUAUAAUACCAGGUAGCGAGGCAGAUUCAAAAUUUCAAAUCGAUUUGCUGCACUUCGGGACGGCAUUUUCCCGCUUUUUCUCGUUCCUUCCCUCCCGAAUCCCACUCACCCCCCCCCCCUCCCCCGUAUAUUCAUGAUGAUUGAUUUCAUCCGAUAUCAAAGCUUAUUUAAAGAAUGCAUAUAUUCAGCACAACGGCAAAGGCUCAACGUUGCAGAAUUAUUUUCACAAAGACAAAUUGCAAUAUCAAUUUUUUUGUCAUUAUUCAUUUCAUCGCCCGCGCUCUUUUGAAUCCUCUUGUCUGUUUUAUUGAUCGGUUCCAAUUCAUUCUAAUCGUCAUAAAGAUUAUUAUCAAUUUAUCAUUUGUUGGUCACUUUUAAAAAAACGAGAUCCGAGGUCCAGCUCUUUUAACUCUUUCUCUACAUUAUUAUUAUUAUCAAUAUUAUGAUUAUUAUUAUCGUUAUAUUUCAAAUACCGUACAGUUUUUUUACGUAACAGUACAAUAUAAACACAAUACUAAGAAGCGUUUGAGCUUUGGUUCGCUGCAUAUGAUCAGCCUCAUACAAGGCCGAAAAUUCCGCACCGAGGCGAGUACAGUUUGUACAUCUGUGAUAACGCCCUUUUCGUGAGCACAGCAUUUUGGCUUUAAAAAAAAAAAAAAAUUGUGUUUCGUUUCUUCUCUUUUGUGUCCAAUUGCUCUAUUUUCUCUCUCUCUCUCUCUAUCUAUCUCUCUCUCAACAUCUAUCUUUCCUCCUCCCCCCUCCGACUCUCCCGGUUACUCACGCAAAAGAUGGAAGAAUCACCGAACGGAAAUACCCCGAGCAACAACAGCAUCACAUACAGCACUCUUUAUGGAAAACUCAAACGGCUUCCAUCGGGAAGGACACACAUGUACACACACACACACAUGUACCGCAAGUACUACACGCAACACAUUAACACACACUCACACAACGAAAAAAAAAAUUAUUUGAAUGGAAUGAUUUUGCUGCUGUGUGAAUUCCUCAUCUGUAUGCGCGUCUCGCGGAUCUUUUGAACGUGAAACUUUCCUCUUCUGGUGCUUCUUUCGUCUUCGUUUUGAUUUGAUUUCAUCAUGUUUCGUAGGGCUGUGGGAGUGGAUUAUAAUCUGUGCUCGACUGUUUUAUAUUCCUUUAAUUUCUCUUUCGAUUAUUUCUUUUGAUUUUUCUGGAUCAUUUCCUCCACGUAUGUUCCUUCUCGACGGCGUCGUUGUGUUGACUGGUCGAAUUCCAAACCAAUCGAAACUCACCACCCCUUUCUCCUCCGUGUUGCGUGACUCGUUCUUACUUUUAUUUUCGACGAUUGCGUGCGAUCGACACGACAUUUCAAAUCUAGCAUAAUUUUCUUGUCUCGUUUACUAUAUUAGUGACUAUAAUAGCUUAAAUAAUGGAGAGCUCGCUCUCCGUCAUUCUCGAUAAAUUGCUCCAAUGGAUAUUUUCCAAAUCGGGAAAAAAAAUAACUAUUCGAUACAUUCGAAUGAAAUUUGCAGUGUAGUAACAGUAUACAUUCAGAGACUGAGAGGCUCACGCUCCAAGGAGCGGGAGAUGAGAGUUGCGGUUUUCGACAGUCAACUUUUUUAACGACACAAUUUUCUGUCCCAAACCCUGCCGUCUUUUUACUGUCCAAAAAGUUGUUUUUAGUAUAUAUCUUUGUACAUAUAGACGAUAAGAAGCCUUACAAGCCUUUUAACCAACUAGACACAUCUUCGCGCCACACUGCGUCCUCGUCGCCAGUGAACAAAGAACUUCUUCAUUUUUAUUUAUUUAUUUAUUUUUAAUCGAGAAAAUCUAUAAUUUUUGGGGAGAUUCAGAAUCGUCUUGUUUUUUCAGUUACGAACACAUUUCAAAAUCAAUCGGACGAUCAUUGGCACGAUGAUUUGAUGGUCAGUUAAUCCUUAUUACACCCUACUCCCUCCUUAUAAAAAAAAAAAAAGAAAAAAAUCUCAAUUACCUGCCAUUUGCCAAUUUCGGCUCUCAUGUAUAUUUCAAUUCAAAGUCGGUUCGAUCACAAAGCGAUCGAUGGUUUUUCAAGCCUCUCCGAUGUGUGUCUCGACAAAGAAAAGAAAACACCAAAAACAUCGUUUGUUUUGUGGCUCCCAGAUUAUUUGAUAACUGUUCUGAUUUUCUCUUCUCUUCUACUGCAUCUUUCUCUUUCCUUUACCUAUCUCUCUUUCGAUUUGAUUUCGGACGAAUUCGCACCGUGUUUUAUUCCCCUCGACCGUUUCUUGUAUUGUUGCCGCUGUACAUACUGCGUGGCCUCGCAUUCCAUUAAUCCAUGAAUCAAUACAACAUUUCCAAAUAAAAAAACACACACAUACAAAAAAACGAAUCUUUCGUUGGGACUUAAUAUUUAGGUUCCUAAAAUAAACUUGCAACGAGAAACGAUGCCCCAGAAAGAAAAAGG